GAAUCUGCUGCUCUCGUUCACAGUCAGCAGAGCAAGAUGGCGGUCCCUACAAAACAGUACGGGCUGAUCUUGCCACAGAAGAAGGGAGCAUCAAAAACUGCGGCCUUGCAGAAACCGUCAGUGUUUGGGGAUGACUCAGAUGAUGAGACCUCGGUUGGGGAAAGUCUGCAGAGAGAAGCUAUCAAAAAGAAGAUGAUGAAGCAGACACGUUUGGAAAUGCAGAAGGCCCUGGAACAGGACAGCACCGUAUAUGACUAUGAUGCUGUGUACGAUGAUAUCCAAAAACAGAGACUUGAAGGCAACAAAAAGAUUCUGGGAGGAGCUGACAAAAGGCCUAAAUAUAUACACCAGUUAAUGAAAGCAGUCGAGGACCGAAAGAAAGAACAAGAACGAAGAGAAGAGAGGAAGAUUCAGAAGGAGAGGGAGGCAGAGGGAGAGCAGUUUGCUGAUAAAGAAGCUUACGUUACCUCCGCCUAUAGACAAAAACUGCAGGAGCAGAAAGAGGAGGAGGAGCGAGAGAAGAGACAGGCAGCGAUGGAAGCUGCUCUGGACGUGAAGAAACAGAGAGACUUGAGUGGCUUCUACCGGCACCUGCUGAAUCAGACUGUAGGAGAGGAAGCAAUACCAGAUCACUCAGCAAACAGAACUGAAACCUCAGUGGUUUCAAAAGACACAGAAAGGACUUCACCUCUUCCCUCACCUACGUCCCACGACAACAUCCCAAGUUCGUGUAGCGACAGUGAGGAGGGACAUGAGCAGAAGUCUGGGUUUAGUAAGCCUGGCGGCGCCUCGACACAUUCAAAACGCCAAUACAGACAGAGGUCGCCUUCAUCGGGGAGCGGAGAAGAUAAGGAGAAGGAAAGAGAGAGGGAGAGAGACAGACAUAAGAAGAGCCACAGAGACCAAGAAAGAGACAGAGGAAGGGACAGAGAUCGAGAAAGAGACAGAAACCGAGACAGGGGAAGGGAAAGGGAUGAUAGACAUUCAGAAAGAAGAAGUGACAGGGAUAGAAGGAAAGACAGAGAUAGAGACAGAGGCAGAGAAGAUGACAGAGGUAGAGGCAGGGGGGAUUCAGAGAGGGAAGAAAGAUAUGGGAGGAGGGAGAGGAGCCCCAAAGACAGAGAACGGGAUAAGAAUGGGGAAAGAGAGAAGAGGAAGUAUCCAGAUGAAGACAAGCGGAAGGACAGACAUCUGGAAGAAGAGAGGGAACGAAGGAAGGAGCAAGAGAAGGAGAAGGCAGUGAGGAGGGAAGAAAAAGAUCCAGAAAAGAAGGAAGCAGUCGGUGAACACACAGAGGAAAAAGAAUAUAAACAGAAAAAGGAAGGUGAGGAGAAAGAGGAAACGGAGGAGAAGGCGAGCAAGUUUGCAAAGCGCAGCACGGAUAACACUGUUAGUUCGGCCAGAGAGAGGUACAUGGCCAGACAGAUGGCACGCUCGGCAUGUAAGAGCUACAUCGAGAGGGAGGAGGACUGAGAGCUGUGCAGCGUAUGAUGAAAACACCUCAAAAUUGCACUCAACCUUUAUCUCAAUUUAGAGGAUAAGAUUAUUAUCAUGAUUUUAUAUUUUGUUUUCUAAAAAAUCCCUCAAAGAGACAGUUUCUUUUACCAUACUUUCCAACAUGCUUGCCUUAGAGAAAAUUGUGCAUUUGUUGUGGAUUAUUUUACACAUUUGGUGCACCAGUUGACAGCACUAGAACAGUUUGGAUUAAUAUAUCAUUAACUACAAUGUUCAUCUUCAUUAUAAUGAAAGAGCAUGUCCUCCUCUGCAGCAGUGUGGCUGAUUGAUUUCUGGACAAAAGUAGAUGAAUAAACUUACAAAACUUGUUAUACUUACAGUUAAUUGUUGAUUUAAGACUUUUCAUUGUAGAACAAUAAACGUUUAGAGCAUUGCCAACCUUGUCCUGUAGCCACUGACUGACAGCAGAGAGUGCUCAUGCUCCUUUUGUGUGGAUUUUUGAUUUAUUGUACAGAAAUAAGAAUCCUGGCCUGUAAAUAUGAGAGUUUUGCCAGAGAGCCCCUUGUAUCAUCACACAGGAAUGACCAUAAAUGCGUAAUUUUAUCUUAUUGCUUAGUUGAGAAGAAGGAUGAGUGUGGAAUGACUUGUGAACUAGUGAUGUUGUGUUUAUUCACCUUUUGUAUCUGUCUGAUGUAGUCAAUGGAGAGUUAAUAAAAAUGAUUUCUGGUCCACA